AUGGAGUAUGUUAGAAGAGCUGAAAGUAAUAUGCAAUCUGAUCCAAAGGUGUUUUGGGCUUUUACUAAGUCUAAGAAGCGUGCGGAUGUCAUUCCUUCUACGAUGUCAUGGAAUGGAACUGUUGUCGGCGAUGGUGUCGGAGCCACAUCAGAAGGUUGUUCAUUCGUUUCCGACAACUCCACCGAAAAAUCGUACGAAACCGAAGAAAAAUCUCAUUCGAUUCAAUCCGAAAUAAACUUAAAAACAAUCAUAUCAGAAUUAAACAACAACGUAUCCGACUUAAAAACCCGCUUAUCAUUAAGCGAAGAGAAAGAGGCGAUGCUCCUCGAAAGAAACCGAGAACUCGAAGCAAAUUUAGAAGAAAAGCGACGAAAUUUGAAGGAAAUAAUGGGAAAAGUAAAAGAGUAUCACAAAUUAGAGACUAAAUGCAAAGAAUUAACCGCUAAAAUUAACGAUAUGGAGCACGAAAACGGAUUAAAACAUAUUAAGAUAGUCGAUUUAACGUUGGAGUUGGAUCAUUUAAAGAAAAACAAAAAAAUGAAUUCGUCAUCGCGCGGAAUUAAAAUUGAGAGUCAACAGAAAGAGGAUGAAUUAAAUCGCGUUAUUGAAGAGGUGAAAAGGGAAAAAGACGAGAUUGAAAGCGAAAAGAGGCGUUUAGAGGAUGUUUUGAGAAGUUUAGAGGAGGAAAGGGUUACUUUAAAAAUUGAAAUUCAAACUCAUUUAACUGAAAUUAUGAGGUUGGAGGAGAAUGGGAGAGAUUUAAAGCACGAAUUGACGCUUUUAAGGUACGAAAGGGACAACUUAGAGAUGAAAACUUCAGCUAUGCAGGUUAAAUUAGAAAGUAUUGAAAACGAAAACGAAGAGCUCCGCAAAGAUAAUGAGCGCCUUUUAAGCGCGAAAUCUUCUAACUCGACUUUAGAGAAGGAACAAAGAGAUUUGAACGAAUUAACGUUUAAGUUGAAGUUGGAAAAGUUGCAGACGGAGAAGGAGGUAAUUAAUGAGAAUUGGAGGAAAGAAAGGGAACAAUUAAUGAGGAAGUUGGGGCAAAAAGUGAGAGAUUUAGAGAGUUGCGAGGCUCAAUUGGAUCAAUACGAGCAGGAUAAAUGCGAAUUGGAGGAUGAGAUUGAUGGGUUAAAAGAGGAAUUGGGGAAAGUUAAGGAAGAUGUUAUUGAGAAGGAUAAAUUAAUUAAUGAGAUGAAAGAGGAGAUUGAUUUGUUAAGGGGGAAUGUUAAGGAGUUUGAGGGGGAGCUAAAACGGAAAGAAUCGAAACUUUUUUCUGUUAGUAAUGAGUUGGUUUUGUUGAAGGAGUCGAAGGAGAAUAUUAAUCAGGAAUUAUUUUUGUACAAAAAUUUGUGUGAUGAUCAUAAAAAGAAAAUUGAGAGGAUGGAGGUGUUAAUUGGGGAGUUGGAGGGCCAAGUUGAGGAGAAAAAGGUUGUUUUGAACGAACAAGGGUUGAAGUUGACUCAGCUACAAAGAGAAAUCGACGAGAAAUUGGGGGAAUUAAAAGAAAUCACGGAGAAAUUCGACGGGUUAAAGCAACAAAAAGAGGAUGAGUUUAAAAGUAGGAUUAAUUAUCUAGAAAAUGAUGUGGAGAAGAAAAAAAAUAUUAUUAAGACUUUUAUAAAGGAGAAUAAAAAUUUAAAAACUUUGUUAAAAUGA